CAGCAGGGGAGGGAGCUUCGCACGGGUGGUUAGAACCGACCCAGAAGCCUAUAAAUUUGGGUAUCGCAGCUUCCCACUGCCACUGGCCCAGACCACGACCUUGGGGAGCCUGUGGCAGGGAGCCCGUGGCAGGGAGCAGCACUGGAGGAUGAAGGAGGCAGAGAUGAGUGUUGACGUGGUCCGUUUCUGCACAGACAAGCAGAGCGUCUCCUUGCGCUCCCAAGGGCUGGACCCCUCGGCGGCAGUGGCUCCUGCAGCAGCCCCCAAGAUGCCACGGCGUUUGCAGGCCACCGUGGCCUUUGUGGUUGUGACUGUGAUCUUCUCUCUCAUGGUUCUCUUCAUUGUGGAUCCCUACCAUGCUGUCAGGGGGGCGGAGCUCCAAGAGGCUAUCCAGAUGUUUAAAAGACAGCAGAAUUCCAGCACCUACCAUGUGGAGAUCGAGAAGUUGAGCUGCAGAGUGGACAAUGUCAGUUCUGAGCUCCAGCUGCUUGGUGGUCAUCUAGAAAACGCCAGCGCUGACAUCCAGGUGGUCAAAGGCGUCCUAAAGGAUGCCAGCACCUUGAGUGUUCAGACCCAGGUGUUAAGGAGUUCCUUGGAGGGGACCACUUUUGAGAUCCAGAGGCUAAAGGGAGAUCUGGAAGAGGCACAGGCAUUAAAUUCCCAGGCCCAGAGUUUCUUAAAAAGCAGCUUAGAAAACACUAGCACUGAGCUCCACGUGGUAAGCGGAGGCUUAGAAAAUGCCCACAUGGAGAUCCAGGUGUUGAAGGCUGGGCUGGAAAUGGCAAAUGCUCAGGCCAAGAUGGCAAACAGUAGUUUAAAAAAUGUUGAUGCCCAGAUCCAUGUGUUGAGAGGCAGUCUGGAUGGGAUCAAUGAUUUAAGGACCCAGUAUCAGGUUUUGAGAAGCAGCUUGGAAGGCGCCACUGCUGAGAUGCAGAGGCUAAAGGGAAGUCUGCAAAAUGCAAACGCUCUCAGCGCCCAGACCCAGACCUUCCUAAAAGGCAGUUUAGACAACACCAGUGCUGAGAUCCAGGUAUUAAGAGGUCAUCUGGAAAAGGCAAGCAGUGAGAUUCACUUGUUAAAAAGAGAUUUGGAAACUGUCACGGCCCAGACCCAAAUAGCCAACAGUCACCUGGAGCAGACAGAUGCUCAGAUGCAUGUGUUCAAAACAGACCUGGAAAGCACCACUGCCUUAAAAGCCAAGAUUCAGAUGUUAAAUGAUCUUUUGAGAAAUGCCAGCCAAGAGAUACAGACCCUAAAACGAGGACUGAAGGAUGCCACGGCCUUAAAUUCCAAGGCCAGAGUGUUGGAGAGAAAUCUGCAGGAGGCCAGGGCCGAGAUCCAGAAGUUAAAAGGGGAUUUAGAGAACACCAAAACCCUGGCUACGAGAAUCCAGGAGGAGCAGAGGCGACUGGAGGCCCUCCAUGUGCCCUCUGCUUCACAGGAGCAGCUCCAGAGGACCCAAAAUCAACUUCUCCAGCUGAUCCUGCAAGGCUGGAAGCCCUACAAUGGGAACUUAUACUACUUUUCUCAAGUCAAGAAGUCUUGGCAGGAGGCUGAGCAGUUCUGCGUGUCUCAGGGAGCCCACCUGGCCUCGGUGACCUCCGAGGAGGAGCAGGGCUUUGUGAAACAGUUCACGAGUUCCUCUUACUACUGGAUUGGCCUCACUGACAGCGGUUCUGAGGGCAUCUGGCGAUGGACCGAUGGGACACCAUUCAAUAAUGCACAGAGCAGACGGUUUUGGAGCGAGAAUCAGCCAGACAACUGGAAACACCAGAACGGGCAGAGGGAAGACUGUGUCCAGAUCCAGCAGAAGUGGAAUGACAUGUACUGCACAGCCCUCUUCCAGUGGGUCUGCAAGAAGCCCCUGGACCGAAUGUAGCCUGAGGGCAGCAGGGAGCUGAGACCCUUCUCCAAGACACGCGGGAGCUCGUGAACUCAACUUGUUCUCUGGGGUCUUCCAUUCGGUCUUUGUUUUUCCUGCCCUGUCCUUUAAAAAAAAAAAAACUUUCCAAUGUGUUUACAUCAUAUGACCCGGCAUAAUCAACAGCUCCUCAAGGCAAGGGCCUUGUUGUGCUCUGUAUCUCCUGGGCAACCAGCACAGGCCUGUCAGACAGCAGGUCCUUAAUAAAUGCUCGGACGAACGAAA